UGCUCGAGGAGACCACGCCACGCCAUAUCAAUUAUCCAAUUUCCCGGGCCAAGUUAUAUUGCAGCUUUAGUGGGCGCCGGAUGGUCCUAUCAGGCCAAGACAAGCCGAACCAGCGUCUAUAGCCAAGCUAGCAGCCGGUACAUCGUACUCGGUUUCGAUACAAACAUCACCACCCGACCCGAGCUAAAACACGUCCAUCGUUCGAUUUCUCCGCUCGUCACAUCGGCUUCCAUCCCAUCGCAUCGACUCGUCCUUUGACUAGCACGAGACACACCAGCAAGCACAACCCCCCAACGUCGCCGAUUUCACUCUGAAAUUUAGCCAGACGGAUUGCCGACAAUGGAGCCCUUCUCGCCCGAAGCCCCACACUGCAACGGCACCUCCAGUAGCAGCUCGCCCGCAGUGUCUAGCAACAGCCCGGGGACGGCGACCUCGGGCACUGUCCGGAACGGGUCGGUGGCUACGACGACAUCACAGCCAUCAGUACCUCCUCCUUCCGUUCCAGCGGCGUGUCUCCCUUGUCGAACCAAACAUCUCAGAUGCGAUGGAAAUCACCCGUGUGGCCGUUGCACCGCGACCGGCAUCGUCGCCGACUGUGCCUAUAUUGCUUCGCGCCGUGGGUACAAAGGCCCUCGUAGAAACCCCAAUAACCCUACUCCCGGUGCCAAUCCCAAUAAGCGACAUGCGUCCUCAUCGCCCCCUUACGCGGGAACUACUCCUGACAGCUGCCCCAUGAUGUUGGGGCAUGCGCCUGUUACCAUGGCCACACCCUCGGUUCAUGCCUUCAACCCUUCCGUCGUUUUGCCGGACCAGUCGCAGCUCUCCUUCCCGUCAACCCCCUCCGUUGCGAGCAUCCCCGUCUACAGGAACAACUAUAUGAUGGACGGCACCGCUAUGACAUUGGCGACACAGGCCGCUCCGCCCAUCCAGCCUCCAGCAGCAAGUUUGCCAGAGCGUUGUUUCGAGGCUUUCUACCACUAUUUCCACGCCGGUCAUCCGUUCGUCUUGCCCAAGAGGAACUUGGUUGAAUUGCUCAAGAGCAACUCAGAGCCAAACCUUCCAGUAUUGAUGGCCGCCAUGAGAUAUAUUGGUUCACUUUACGUUGAUGCAGGCCCUGCCAAGGCCAGAUUUCUGGAUGAAGCCAUUCAGCUGUGUUACGCCCCGGGUGUGCGCAAGGACGGAUUCUUGAUCCAGGCGCUCCUGCUUAUCAUCAUUGGGUUGGACGGCAGUUGCGAGCAAGAAAGAGCUCGGGAACUCCUUGCUAUUUGUGAAAGAUAUGCCAUCGAAAUUGACCUUAACAAGCGGGAAUUUGCUGUCAUGCAUGGCCGAGGCGAUCCGAUCAUGGAGGAAAGUUGGCGGCGAACCUGGUGGGAUCUCUAUGUCUGCGAUGGCAUGAUUGCUGGUGUUCACCGGGUGACCAACUUUCUGUUGUUUGAUAUCAUGACCGAUGUUGGCCUUCCCUGCGAGGAGGAGGAGUACCACAAAGGGUGCAUCCCUUCACCGAUGAGUCUUGAGGACUUUGACGAUAAGGAGUUCCAGGACGAAGACCGAGAGUUCUCAUCAUUUGCGUAUCGUGUUGCCGCAGCCAGAAAUCUGGGCAGGAUGAUGCGGAUGCCGAACGUCAUGUUCCCGGAUGCGGCAGAGGUGGACAAGAUGGAGGCACAUCUGUCCAAUUGGAGAAUGCAUCUUCCGGAUAACAAGAGGGAUGAUCUCGAUAAGAAUUGCCAGCUUGAUGAGAUGAUGUUCCAAGCGCACUUUAUCACCCAUGCGUGCACCAUUAUGCUCCACCAGCCUCUUUCCCAGCUUGACUCUUCGCCAGUCCAAGCCGUCAACUCUUGCGCGCCUCACAGGCCCGUCCACUCAGGCGAUCAAUACAACGCCCAUACUAAGCACACUGUCACGGCGGCCUGCGAGAUCAGCAAGAUGAUCACGCAAGCUGUUCCCGUGACCAGCCAUACGCACUUCUUCACGUGCGUCGUAACCCUCUCUUCCAUCGUCCACCUGUCCAAAUGGGCCCUCUACAUGAUAGAAGAUGAGGCCGACCUCCGCCAGCAAAUCCGGCUGAACAUUGGCGCCCUCAACAAGCUCAGUAAGGUCUGGAAGGCGGCCAAUACGGCUUGGGGCCAGGUCAAGGGCGUGGCGCAGGAGAUCUACCGCCAAAAGAAGGUGCAGCAGAUCACCCCGGCUUUCUGGGUCGGCUAUACCCAGGAACAGAUGAUGACAUCGAUUCAGGCGGACGAGAGCAUCAUAAGCGAGUUCGACCAGGGGCUGAUUGCUCAAGUUGGCAUUGCUCAAGUUGGCGUCACCCAAGCUCAGUGAGCUAAUGGCGUCAAUAAGGUGAUGCGUCUUGGCUUGGUUUGGGAUGAGGGGUUCAAAGAGAAAUCGCAAGUGGAUGGUAUAAAAUAAUCUUGGUAGUUGCAAAGCGGGUAGAAAGGCAGGAGGGUCUUGUACUUAAAUAGUCAGCUCUGGGCUUUGGAUUUUCAAAACGACGACAAGGCCAACAGGGGCGUGUCUGGGCGCGCGCCUUCAAGAGUGCAGUACCUUGCGAGCAAGUAAGGUAGUUACAGUACGCUUGGGCUCGCUUGGUUGCUUGGACAUAGUUUUGGGUUACAUAAAAUAUCCUAGUAAAUAUCACGAUUGGUUAUCGGUCUCUCGAACGGGGG